AUGCUUCCAGGCGUGGCCUUUUACGAGGUAGCCGUCGUUUUCGUCAAUGCCAUGCCGAUCAACCUCUACAAUAACUCGUGUGUGAACGACGGCAUGUCCUGGAUCUACUACGACAACAUUGAAUACAUCUCCAACGCCGUCAAGAUGGGAUGGGCUGACGCCCAGCCGGCCUUCAAGAAGCCCACGCACACGGGACACGGCAACUCCAUGAUGGAGAGUGGAACGCCCAAGGCCAUGGGUCCUUCUUGGAAUAUCUGCCAGCACUACGUGGUCACCAACAAGAUUGACCCGACUAAGCCCGUCGGUCACGGCUGUGGGUUCUUGCCGGACGAAUGCCGCUCCGAUCUCGAGAGCAGUCUUACAAAAGAAUGGGGUAUCCGCGGCGUCGAAGGAAUGUGCAGCAAUUUCGCUCUCGAGCAUGUACCCCUGAGCUGUCAAUAUCACUCAACACGUCACAUGUAG